CGUUAUUUUCGUAUUAAUAAAUUUCUCUUCACCUACAUUGGACAAUGGCCAUUUAAUAACACAAAAUUAAAUUUUUUGGUUCAAUGUAUAGUAAUUUUUUAUCAUGCAAUUUAUUCUUUUACUACGAUAGGUGGAUUAAUUAAUGUAUGGGGUGAUAGUGAUAAAAUGGUAAAUUCCUGUUUACCAGUUUUUACAUCUAUAUGUUCUUUUUCUAUCAAAGUAGUUAAUUUGAUGAAAGGAAAAGAGUAUUAUCAACUUUAUUGUGAUAUCAAAUUUGAUUGGCAAUUUUGGACCUCUAAAGAAGAACAAUUAAUUAUUUUAAAACACGCUAAUUAUGCAAGAUUGUUCACUUUGUUAUGUUCAGGAGGCGUAACGGCAACAAUAUUUUUUUUUUUAUCGCCAUCAUUUAUUCCACAAAUUCUAGAUAUUGUUUAUCCUCUUAAUGAAACGCGAUCUAAAACACUUUCACUUGAAGUCUAUUUUUUUGUCAAUUCAGAAGAUUAUUUUUAUUUUAUUUUUUUUCAUAUAGCGAUAAAUUUAAUUUGUCAAUUUUUUAUUUUCGUUGGUUUUGAAUCUUCUUUUGCUAUAGUCAUUGAACAUGGAUGCGCUUUGUUUGAAAUAAUUGGUUUUCAAUUAAAAAAAAUUAAUAACAAUGACAAUGAAAGGGAGAAUUUGGAAAAAUUAUUUUUUUGCAUAGAACAACAUAAACGAGCGAUUAAAUUUUGCAACAAUGUUGAAUCGAUUUACGUGACCUGCUUCUUUUUUGUAAUGUCAAUAAAUGCCUUUAUAAUUUCUGUUUGUUUAACUGAGUUUGUUUUACAUCUUGAUAAUCUCAAAAUGUCAAUUCAAUUUGGAUGGGCAUGUACUAGUAGUUUGAUUUAUGUACUCCUUAAUAGUUUCUUUGCGCAGAGAUUAAUUGACUACAGUACUGAACUCCCAACUAUAAUAUACGAUAGUUCUUGGUAUCAAAAGUCAGUGAAAAUAAAGAAAAUUUUGUUAUUUAUGAUGAUGAGAAGUGAAAUACCUUGUAAAAUAACUGCUGGAAAAAUAAUUGAUAUUUCAUUAAAAAGUGUAUGCGCGAUACUUCAAACUUGUUUCUCGUAUUUUACUCUAAUGUUAUCAACGACGAAUUAUUGAGGAAUAUCAGGGAUUUUUUUUCUUUAGAAAAAAAUAUAAUAAUCUUGAAAUUACAAAAACCAACAGUAUCUUAUAUAUAUAUACCUACUUCUUUUCAUAUCAUGCACUUUAAA